CAGUGACAGAACCACGGCCAAGAAUUGGGUCCCUGGGGGAGCAUCGUGGGGACGAUCCUGUCCGUCCCUGUCCAACCUCGUCCCCUCCCCAGCCAUAAUGACGUUGGUGGCGGGUGGCGAGCUUUACGAUAUUGUGGACAUGGUGGGUAAGGGGACCUUCGGGGAGGUGGUCAGGAGCUGUCGGAGGAGCACGGGAGAGAUGGUUGCCAUUAAGAUCUUGAGGAACGAAGGCAACCAAGGCCAGAGCACCUGGAACGAGGUGAAGCUGCUGCGGGCGCUGCAGGCGGUGGACACGGAGGCAGUGCACAUCGUCCGCUUCCUCGAGUCCUUCCAGGACAGUGCCUGCACCUACCUGGUCUUUGAGCUGCUGGAACAAAGCCUCUUUGAAUUCCAGAAGAAGAACAACUUCUCGCCGCUGCCCGUGCGGCACAUCCGCACCAUCGUGGCGCAGGUGCUGGUGGCAUUGGCCAAACUGAAGGAGCUCGCCAUCAUCCACGCUGACCUGAAGCCAGAGAACAUCAUGCUGGUGGACCACACGCAUCACCCUUUCCGCGUGAAGCUGGUGGACUUUGGCUCAGCCUGCAUCUUCAGCGAGGUGUGCUUCAUCAAGGAGCCCUACAUCCAGACCCGCUUCUACCGGGCGCCUGAAAUCCUGUUGGGGCUGCCCUUCUGCGAGAAGAUGGACAUGUGGUCCUUGGGCUGUGUGGUGGCCGAGCUCCACCUGGGCAGGCCGCUCUAUCCAGGCAGAAAUGAGGACGAGCAGGUCCGCUACAUCUGCAAGACGCAGGGUUUGCCUCCAGGGAGGCUGCUGUGCACUGCCCGCAAAGCUCAGCGCUUCUUCCAGCGGGCGCCAGAUCCGGCUGGAGCUUGGCAGCUGAAGCCGGAGGUGACGGUGGUUGGGGCAAAGGUGACGGUGGGGCAGAGGAGAUACGUCCUCUCCUCGCUGGAGCAGAUGGUGGCAGUCAACGUGCAGCCGCUGCUUGGCGCCGGGCAGGAGGCACUGGCCGAACGCUGCGACCUGCACGGGAUGGUGGAGCUGGUGCAGAGGAUGCUCACCUGGGACUCACAUGAGAGGAUCGCGCCCAGCACCGCCCUCAAGCACCCGUUCAUCUCCAUGCGGCAGCUCGAGUCCAGCUUCCAGGCCACCCAGUACUACCAGCUGUGCCAGCAGGCCACCCAGGCGUCCUGCGAGGAUGCUGCUGGUGCCGCUGCCCCUCCGACUGUGGAAGAAGGCAUCACAUUCCCACCAGAGAAGCAUGGCCGUUGCAGUGUGCAGAGAGCCACCACCCAGAUGGACAACCUCAGCCUAGGCGAGGAGAGCCAGCACGGCGCCUGCCACCCCAUCCCCUGCCACUAUGGGAGCUGGCACCAGGCCGUGCAGCACCCACAGCGCCCCAAGAUGAACACGGUUUCAGGUAACCUGAUUGUGUUGGGGCCACGGUCCCUUCCUGGUGGCGUGGCCAGGUGGCAGCUAGGAGCAGAGCAUGCACGGGGGAACGUCCGCCUCGCCCCAUGCCAAGCGAGCCCUGAUGAGGCGGCACAGCCCUGACACCCCCUAUCCCACCACCGGCCCUGAGCACGGCUCAUCGGACCAGGACUCAGCUCCUCCAGGCCCCCCACAACCUGCAGUGCCACUGAGCUGCCAGCGAGAGACAAGAGACCCUGCGCCCGCCUCUGAGCAUCCCGGACCUUCCUAUUCCUCACCUCCACACAACCCCUCUGCUCCGCUCAGCACCGGGUGCUGCUGGGGGGAGUGGGCAUACCACCCUUGUGGGCACUGGCCAUUGCAGUGCUCCCCAAUAAAGCGUUUGCUGUUGAAUGAGUGUUUUGAGUCUCCUUGAUGGGUGCAAGAUGGAUUUGGGACCGCAGGGUGUCCCAGGAUCGCGGGGUGUCCCGGGACCGAUGCUCGCUUACACCACACAGGGUGGCACAAAGGAUGCAGGUGCUACCCAGAGGUAUGGCACCCACCUUUAAUUUCAACACAAAGUCUACAAAAAGUGCUCUGUACCCCCCAGAACACCCAAAGCAUAGUGCUGGGAUCGGCUGGGGUCUGCUCCUCCUCACCUCACAGCAGGAGCUG